AUGGGCCGGCAGCGCGCACCGCCCGAGCGCUGCUGGAAGCGGCCCCUGCGCGCCGGGGGCUGCUGGCUGCUGUGGCUCUGCGGGACGGCGCUGCGGGCGCUGCGGGGGCUCUGGAGCCUGACGUGGGUCACCGAGGAGGUAAAGCCUCAGUGGGGCAGACCGGGGACACGGCCGGCUGGGGGGCACGGAGGGGCUCCCCACACGGGGUUGGUGCCAGGGACCGUCUGGGCUCAGCUGCCCAUGGACCUGCGAGUCCCCAGCGUCCGCGUUGGCUUCCAGCUGGGCACAGCCCUGCAGCUUCGGCUAGGGAGGAGUGAGGAGGAGGAGGAGGAGGAAGCAGACUCAGAUUCUGCAUGGCAGCCCGGACAGACAGGGCAGCGGCGUGGCGAUGCCAGCGAGGCCAUGCUGGGGAGGCUGGAGGCUCUGGAGGCCGAUGUUCGCUUCCUCUGCACCGAGCUGGGGGCUGAGAAGCUCCUGUGGAGCAGCCGGUUCCUGGAGCUGCUGCGGGAGCAGCAAAGCCUGCGCCAAAGGGUGAGUGCCCGGGGGGGGCCAGCCCCAAAGCCCCCUGUGGCAGCCCCCACCCUCACAGCCUGCUCCAGCUGCAGGAGCUGCCGUGGCACUGGAACGGUGGGGACAGCCCCGAGCUGCUGGGGGAGGCAGAGGAGCAAAGUGCCAGUGGGAGUGAGGGAGAGAGCCCAGAAGGACGCCAGUGGAUGGAGGCACCUCGGCAACCAUGUGGCUCCAUCCAGCCUGGUGGCAGAAAAAGCAAGUGAAGGUGUGAACAAGGCCUCAGCAGUUCAGGAAGGAUCCACACAUUCCUCCUGCCCAGGCCCUUCAGGACCCAGGCCAGGCUGCUGCUGUCCCAGCUGUAUCACUCCACCCCAGCCCAAUGCAGCAGAACUGCAGCCAUUUCCCAGGAGCAGGAACCAGCUGGAGGCAGGUCAGGACAAGCCACUCUCCCUGGGCCUGCCCCAGGACACAUCACAGCCCUCCCUGCCCAGGGCUGCCCCCGGGUUUCUGUGCCCCACAGGGGCUGGCUCUGAUGAAGCCCACAGAGGAGCAUCCCCCUGCUCUGCUGCUUGUCGGGACGUUCCAGGAACAAGGAGUCUGGUCAGCACUGGCUUCAUCAUCUUGCACUGGGGUGACAGAUUGCAAAACUCACCCACCGACUUCCUGACUGGCCACAUCCAUCCUCUCAUGAGCUGCUCCUGCACAUGUCGCAACCCUGGGCAGCUCCUUGAGACAGUGGCCAAGGGCAAGCAGCUCCCCAGGCAUGGCUGACAGCCCCUGGCAGGCCAGAACAGCUGGGGCUGGGAGCAGCAGCCCCACAGGGAGCUGAUCUGAGGGGUUGCCCCAUGCCCAGCCCUGGCCCAGCCCAGGGGCUGCACCCACU